AUGAAUCCUUCGUAUUACUUAAAUCUCAUAUAUUUAUUUAACCUGUUGCAAAUUUACGUGCAUUUGGCUAAUUGAGAGGUUUUGAUUAUAGUUUUGUUAUAAAUAUCUCUUGUUUUUGUUAGUAAUAUGAGUUGGAGUUAGAGAUCAGUAGCUUAAGUAGACGGAGUUCUGUAAUUAAACAGUUUAUUAGUAAUCUUUUUUCUGAAUAUCGCCGACACAUAUAGAUACACACUGGCAGUGGAGUCCUAUAGGAGUAUAAAUUUCCCUCUCCUUCUCUCUCUCUUCAUUACUAGGAAAGCUUGGAAAGAGAGAGCCCUCUUAACGAUGGUGACACCUACCACUACUACUACCGAUGUUACCUUGUCAUUCUCCUCCCUCUUUUUCUCCAUGCUUCUUGUUGUUCUUUCUGCACACCCCCUUUAAUUCCUUAACUCACAUUAAAGUAUAAAAAAACAUUGCAGAAAUGUAUAGGAAUAGAUGUAAGAAAGACACCCUUUUCCCCUUUUUGCCAGUGCUGGUGAUCUUGGCUGUGUUUUUUGAGUCAUCGUUUGUUGUUGAAGGGAACACUGAUCCCAAGGAUGUGCAAGCUCUGCAGGUCUUGUAUGCUUCAUUGAAUAGUCCUUCGCAACUCAGUAAUUGGAAAUCAAAUGGCGGUGAUCCCUGUGGCGAGUCUUGGAAAGGAGUCAUUUGUCUGGGAGCUUCUGUUGUCUCAAUUAAAAUUAAUGAUAUGGGGCUCAAUGGAACGUUGGGAUACAUGCUCGAUGCGCUUACCUCGUUAAAGAACUUGGAUAUGAGCGGCAACAACAUUCAUGAUUCUUUUCCGUAUCAGCUUCCACCCAAUCUCACCAGCCUGAAUCUUGCAAACAACAAUAUAAGUGGAACCGUUCCUUAUUCCGUUGCUGGCAUGGUUAGGCUUAGCUAUCUGAAUCUUAGCCAUAAUUCACUCUCUCAAACAAUUGGAGAUGUGUUCACCAACCACUCCAAUCUGGUAGCCUUGGAUCUGUCUUCGAAUAAUUUUUCUGGAGAUCUCCCUCCUUCAUUCAGUACGUUGACAAAUCUUUCCGUACUUCGUCUGCAAAACAAUCAGCUAAGUGGCACUCUCAAUAUCCUGGUUGGUCUACCUUUGACUAAUUUAAAUGUUGCCAAGAAUCGUUUUAAUGGAUGGAUCCCGAAUGAGCUCCUAUCUAUCCCUAACUUCAUGUAUGAUGGGAAUUCUUUUGCAAAUGGUCCAGCUCCUCCCCCACCACCAUACACUGCACCUCCUCCUGGAAGAUCUCGCAACAACCGUACCCACUCUCCUCCUAAUUCACGUACAAGACCAGGUUCUGAUGGCCAGCCAUCUCCAGAAAAUGGCAAUGAAAAGAAAAGAUUGACAACUGGAGCUAUCAUUGGCAUAGCUCUUGGAUCUUCUUUUGUAAUUCUUUUUGCUCUGGCAGCACUUGUAUUUUGCAUCCGAAGGGGCAAGGACAAGGAAAUUGCUGCAAGACCCUCUACAGGAAGUCUUCCAGUUGGCACAGAUAAAGUGAAUUUGGAGGUACAAGAGCAAAGAGCAAAGCCUGUGGUUGCUGUAGCUGACUUGAAGCCCCCACCUACAGAAAAGGUGACAGUUGAAAUGAUACAAGGGAAGAAUGGAUCUGUAAGGAGAGUGAAGUCUCCAAUAACUGCAUCGUCUUAUACUGUCGCUGCAUUGCAAACAGCAACAAACAGCUUCAGUCAAGAAAAUCUCAUUGGUGAAGGAUCUCUUGGGCGAGUUUAUAGGGCAGAGUUUCCUAAUGGGAAGAUAAUGGUCAUCAAAAAGAUCGACAGUGCAGCACUAUCACUGCAGGAGGAAGACAACUUUCUUGAAGCUGUCUCAAAUAUGUCAAGGUUGAGGCACCCAAACAUUGUUCAAUUGAUAGGAUAUUGCGCUGAGCAUGGGCAACGACUUCUGGUUUAUGACCAUGUCACAAAUGGUAGCUUGCAUGAUAUGCUGCACUUUGCUGAUGAGAGGAGUGAAUUGCUUACGUGGAAUGCCCGGGUUAGAGUAGCUCUUGGCACUGCUCGAGCUUUAGAGUACUUGCAUGAAGUCUGUCUACCUUCUGUUGUACAUAGAAACUUCAAAUCCGCAAAUAUUUUACUGGAUGAAGAGCUCAAUCCCCAUUUAUCAGAUUGUGGGUUAGCAGCUUUGACUCCAAACACAGAACGCCAGGUGUCAUCCACACAGAUGGUUGGUUCAUUUGGUUAUAGCGCUCCUGAAUUUGCUUUAUCUGGAAUAUACACUGUAAAAAGUGAUGUAUAUAGUUUUGGUGUGGUAAUGUUGGAGUUGCUGACGGGAAGGAAGCCACUUGAUAGUUCAAGGGUGAGAUCGGAACAAUCUCUUGUGAGAUGGGCUACGCCUCAACUACAUGAUAUAGAUGCCUUGUCAAAAAUGGUUGAUCCUGCACUAAAUGGCAUGUAUCCUGCAAAAUCCUUGUCCCGUUUUGCUGAUAUUAUUGCGCUGUGUGUUCAGCCUGAACCUGAGUUUCGACCCCCAAUGUCAGAAGUUGUGCAAGCACUAGUCCGGUUAAUGCAAAGGGCGAGUGUGGUCAAAAGGCGAUCCAGUGAUGAAUCAGCUUUCACAUACAAGACUCCGGAGCAUGAGACGGCUGACAUGCCAUAAAGAAAAAUACAUGGGAGGAGCCUUUGCAAUUUUGUAAGUAACUUCUGCAAAGGUCAAGGGUUUGCAGAUAAAACUCAAGGUGUCAAUACCAGACACAUUAAAAAUGUAAUUAUUUUUGCAUCCCAAUUUGAGGUACAUAAUUCACUGACAAUUUCCUCCAGAGUACAUUUACAACCAUCUUGGGAUAAUGGAUAUAUAUCAUGAUCAUUACUGUCAAUAAUAACAUUGCAGCCCAUUAUCAUUC